GCUAACGUCGAUCACUUGAUCGAGCAGCUUCUGGCGGUUAAAGACACCAUGCCCGGAAAGGGCGUACAGUUUACGGAGUCUGAGCUCGACGCCCUAUGUCAAGCUACGGAGGAGGUUCUCAGAAAAGAGCCCAUGCUUCUGGAACUCAAGGCCCCGAUCCAGAUAUGCGGCGACGUUCACGGUCAAUUCCAUGAUCUUCUGCAAAUUUUCACAAUCGGAGGCUUCCCGCCAGAGAGCCAGUACCUCUUCUUGGGUGACUACGUCGAUCGGGGCAAGCACAGCAUAGAAACAAUCACCUUGCUGUUCGCGUACAAAAUUAAAUAUCCAGAUAAGCUUCACCUCCUUCGCGGAAAUCACGAAGCGUCGAGCAUAUCGCGACUGUACGGAUUUUACGACGAAUGCAAUCGUCAGUACAGCGUAAAGCUGUGGAACACGUUCACCUACACGUUCCAGUGGCUUCCAGUGGCUGCGGUGAUCGAUGAAAAAAUCUUCUGCUGCCAUGGUGGUCUGUCACCAGAACUUGCCAGCUUGGAACAAAUCCGGAAGCUGAAAAGACCUGCUGAAGUACCCGAUGCGGGUUUGCUGUGCGAUCUGCUGUGGUCGGAUCCUGAGAAAGAUAUCAUGGGAUGGGCCGAUAAUGAUCGCGGAGUAUCUGUUGUCUUCGGUGCUAAUAUCGUCGAAGAUUUUCUCACAAAACAAGAUAUGGAUCUAGUUUGUCGAGCUCAUCAAGUCGUCGAAGAUGGCUACGAGUUCUUCUGCAAGAGGAAACUCAUAACGCUAUUCUCAGCUCCGAACUAUUGCGGAUAUUUCGACAACGCCGGUGCCUUCAUGGUAAUGACCUCGUACGGGGGUUCACGUCGAUCAGGGCAUCCUCCUCAUAACGAACCAUGGUUGGACGCAGCGUGUCUCGGCGUUCCACACGUGACCGGGAAAGCUUGAAGACAUCCCGCGUAGAAUUCAUUCGCAGCGACCCGAGAAACUUUUAGGCUCCUCCCUUUCUUGGGAAUCGAUCUCGAGUCAUCUCGAUCCGAGAAUUGUCGUCAUGCAUUUCUCUGUCGCUUUCAGAAUGUUGACGAGAACCUCUGCUGUCGAUUGAAAAUACUCCGAGCUCGGAAGAAGAAAUUGGCGAAGAACUCUUGAAGCGAACCGA